AUGUCUGUGAAUCCAAUGACCUAUGAGGCCCAGUUCUUUGGCUUCAUGCCACAAACGUGCAUGCUUCGAAUCUACACUACAUUUCAAGACUACCUAUUUGAAGUGAUGCAGGCCAUUGAACAGGUUAUUCUGAAGAAGCUGGAUGGCAUCCCACACUGUGACAUUAGCCCAGUGCAGAUUCGCAAAUGCACAGAGAAGUUUCUUUGCUUCAUGAAAGGACAUUUUGAUAACCUUUUUAGCAAAAUGGAGCAACUGUUUUUGCACCUGAUUUUAUGUAUUCCCUCAAACAUCUUGCUUCCUGAAGAUAAAUGUAAGGAGACACCUUAUAGUGAGGAAGAUUUUCAGCAACUCCAGAAAGAAAUUGAACAGUUACAGGAGAAGUACAAGACUGAAUUAUGUACUAAGCAGGCCCUUCUUGCAGAAUUAGAAGAGCAAAAAAUUGUUCAGGCCAAACUCAAACAGACGUUGACUUCCUUUGAUGAGCUUCAAAAUGUUGGCAGGGAUCAUGGGACUAGUGAUUUUAGGGAGAGUUUAGUGUCCGUGGUUCAGAACUCCAGAAAACUACAGAACAUUAGAGACAGUGUGGAAAAGGAAUCGAAACGACUGAAAAUAUCUUAAUUGCUCAGUAGUCAA